AUGGGGAGUAAAGAAACUAGUAUUUUACCUUUGAGUAACUGUCCCCAGCUCCAGUGCUGCAGGCACAUUGUUCCGGGGCCUCUGUGGUGCUCCGAUGCCCCUCACCCACUGUCCAAGAUCCCCGGUGGGCGAGGGGCCGGCAGGGAUCCUUCUCUCUCAGCUCUAAUCUAUAAGGACGAGAAGCUCACUGUGACCCAGGACCUCCCAGUGCACGAUGGGAAACCCCACAUCGUCCACUUCCGCUACGAGGUCACCGAGGUGAAGGUCUCCUCCUGGGACGCGGUCCUCUCCAGCCAGAGCCUGUUCGUGGAAAUCCCUGAUGGGUCAUUGGCUGACGGGAGCAAAGAAGGAUUGUUGGCACUGCUGGAGUUUGCCGAAGAGAAAAUGAAAGUGAAUUAUGUCUUCAUCUGCUUCAGGAAAGGCCGUGAGGAUAGAGCUCCCCUCCUGAAGACCUUCAGCUUCUUGGGCUUUGAGAUCGUGCGUCCGGGCCACCCCUGCGUCCCCUCGCGUCCGGAUGUGAUGUUCAUGGUGUACACCCUGGACCAGAACGCCGGCGACUCCGAGGACGACUAGCCGGCAUGGAGGGUGCCGUUCGGGCCUCGAGCCGCAGCCGGAGAGGCAAGGAGGGACAGGCGGCCCUAGGGCGGAGGGAGCUCUGGGCUGCUGGGGGACGGACGCUGUGGGGCUCGGGGUGAGGGUGGGGUGGGGGGGGCUGCUGUGUUCUUGGAGUUGUUGACUCGUUGAAAUGUGUUUUCCAUAAAGAACAGUAUAAACAUAUAUUCCCAUGUAAUCACCAAUAGUAAAUGAAGAUGUUUAUGAACUGGCAUUAGAAGCUUUUUAAACCGCGCUGUGUGGUGUACUCUAGCGUAGAGGGAGGGGCCGCCCGGGCCCUCCGGAGGCCCCGGGGAAGCCCUGGCCGGCCGGCCGUUCCAUUUCCCACCCGUUGUUGGGCUUUCUUUCUUUCCUGCCUUCCUCCCUCCCUCUUUCUUUCUCGUUUUAAAACUCGUGUACGUUUCUCUCCCCUCCGCCUGUCACCCGGAGGCCCGUCCCCCCUCCUCCCCGUGCCGCGGGGAUGGGCCCGAGUUGGUUUUUGACGACACUCCACCCGGGUCCCUCGGCGGCUCUCAGCCUUCCCGGACACGGUCUGACCCUUCUUUACGGCUUAGUGCUAUUCUGGCUUUUGGUUAAGCAGGCUUAGUCUGUUCGAUGUUACCACUGCAGCGGAGCAAGGGGCAUUCACGUUCACCUUCCCUCCCCGCCGGGGGCUCGGCGUGGGGCCGGCCGUGGGUCGGUCGGUCCCCUCGGCUCUGCCGCCGGGCCCUGCUCUGUGGCGGCGGAUCCGGGGCCUCGAAGUCUCCUCCUGGAGCUGGAGGGCCGAGGGGUCGGGGGUGAGGGGCGUUCCCUCGGGAGUCGCUCCUCCGGGCCGGGCGCUACUCCGCUCUUCAGCCAGGGUGGAUCAGCUGCCAUUUAAGGCCGAUUCCCCUCUCUCACCACCGUGCUCAGAGUAGAGGCCGUCCGAGGCGUUUCCCCCCCUUCCCCCCCCCCCCCCGUGACAGCGAGAGCGGGGGUUCUCCCGGUGCCCUCCACCUUCGGCUUAUUGAACAGCUUGUUCCGCAGGGGGGCAGGUGAGGGUGGGAGCAGGGAAGCUGGACCUGGGUUGGUUUUCUGGGGGCGGGUGGCAGAGGCAGUGUGUUGUGUUACUGUGUCAAUAAACUGGUUUAAAACUG